AUGCUCACUCCCCCAUCGAUGCCAGCCCCGAACACCGUUGCUGUGCGUGUGCCCUUUUACUACAAGGCGAAUGAGGGCAGCAAGGGGGCAGAGAUGCGCGCUGAUCGCGCCAGCGCACCGAUGGAGCUGGUGUUCGUCACGAACGUCUUUAUCGAAGUGAUCGCGUUCGGCACUCGCUUCUUCUGGGUGCACAUCUCGGAGAGCCCCACGAGCCAGUGCGUGCCCCGACUUGGAACCUGCAGCGUCGCUGUUGGACUCCAGCUCAGCAGGGACGAUGGCCGUGGCAGCAUUUCUUCAUCGCUGUUGAUGGAAUACGAGGCGACUCGUCAACAGGACACGUCAGCUGGAGCGAACAGCAGCGUGCAAUCUGCGUUUUCGACGAGCCUCAGCCAGCGACUGGUGCGUGGCAUUGCAAAGCAGCUUGGCACUCAGGCGACAGUGUACGUAAACUGUGCCAUCGAGGGAGAGAGGUGUCUCUCGCUGCUGGGCACGGAUGGCGGAAGCGGCUUUGACAUGACGUUUCAGUUUGGUGCGCUCGUGUACAGGGAGACCUUUCAGUUGGUUGCCCAGCAGUGGGACGUGUAG